UUAUUCAGUCAAGGUUUGGGCUGGGGGAAGAUUUCUCUUGAUUAAAAUAUUAGAGCCAUGAUGCUAUUGGCUAUUGGUCAAUGUUCUCUUUGCUCCUUUUCUCAGUGUUUUUUGCUGAUUAACAUCAAAUCUGCUCUGCAUAAUCCCAUAUGACGCUGUUAAUCCAUCAGGGGUCACACUACAAAUUAUUAAAGCCACCUGUUCCUCACCUCACUCAGUUCUGGUGGCUUGAGUAGAACGUUGCACUGAGCAUCUGAAGCAAUGGCUGUUGUUAGUGGAUCAUUCCGGAUGGUGUCUGAGGAGGAGCAGGCCCUCAGGGCUAAGCUGGAGCACCUCACGGUCAAAGAUCACGGGCCGGUGUUCGGUCCCUGUGCACAAAUACCAGACCACACGGUGCAGAAGGCUAAAGAUGAGCUAAAUGAGACGGAUGAGAAGCGAGUGUCAGCCGUAAAGGAACUAAGAGGUAUUAUGAAAGAGAAGGCGGAUUCUGGAGACGACCUUGCUAAAGGUGUUCAGGACACUUUUGGGGAAAAGCCCGAUGGCGUGCUGGUGAGGUUCGUCCGUGCCAGGAAAUAUGAAAUAAACAGGGCCUAUGAACUCAUGAAGGGUUAUGUGCGCUUUAGACGGGAUUACCCUGAGCUCUUUGAAAACUUGACCCCUGAGGCUGUCCGCAGCACCAUUGAGGCCGGAUACCCAGGCAUCCUGUCGAGCAGAGAUAAAUAUGGCCGUGUGGUGCUGCUCUUCAACAUUGAGAACUGGGAUUAUGAGGAGAUCACCUUCGAUGAGAUCCUCAGAGCCUAUUGUGUGAUCCUGGAGAAGCUUCUGGAAAAUGAGGAGACUCAGAUCAAUGGGUUUUGCAUCAUUGAAAACUUCAAGGGUUUCACUAUGCAGCAAGCCUCUGGCAUCAAACCCACAGAGCUGAAGAAAAUGGUGGACAUGCUGCAGGAUUCUUUCCCUGCACGUUUCAAAGCAGUGCACUUUAUCCACCAGCCCUGGUACUUCACCACCACCUACAAUGUGGUCAAACCCCUGAUGAAGAGCAAACUGCUGGAAAGGGUGUUUGUCCACGGCGAUGAGCUGGAGAACUACUACAAGGAGUUUGAUUCUGAAAUCCUGCCUUCAGACUUUGAUGGGAAAGGCCCCAAAUAUGACGGCAAGGUCACAGCAGCACAUCUUUUUGACUAAGCACUUUUUAUCCAUCACUGUACCAGAACGUGACAGUGUGUUGUUUUAGUUGUAUUGUAUUACAGAAUGAUCGAAUAUGUUUUUUUCUGAGUGAACUCAGCAGCAUAGAGAUUUUCCCGUUCCAAACAGCCAUCCUCAGAGGAAAAGUCUCCAGAGAUGUCAUCAAAGAGGAAUGAAAACAGAUAAGGUCUGUUAGUUCUGCGACUCUUCAUUCUAUAAGAGUGCUUGGCAUUCCUUGCUAAUCUGGGGCAGGGCCAUUUCCAAAUUUACCCCAAAACAUAGAUAUUCUUCUGGAACGCAUGGAAGAUAACAGAGUCCAGACAUUUCUGUUGUUUCUCUUGUUAACUGAUGAUGGAAAAAUACUCGAACCAGUCAAUGUUAAAAGCAUAUUUGCAAGAAUAUAUUAUGUUCCAAAUGUAUAACUUUCUAUAUUAAAGUGCACACUUAAAAU